AUGGUCCAUCAUAUCGGCCGGGAACAUGGUCAUCCAUGCUGGUCCCGACACAUCCCAUCCGUGCGGACCGUCUCGUCGGGGGAGACAGUCACCUUUGACACCAUCGACAGCAGCAGCGGCCAGAUUACGCCGACCUCCGACGCCACGACGCUCCGAGAGUUCGACACCAGCCAGGCUAACCCCGUUUUCGGCCCCGUCUGGGUGCGCGAUGCCCAGCCGGGCGACGUACUCCGGGUUGAGGUCGUGGCCCUGGAGACCGCCGACUGGGGGUGGACGGCAAUCAUCCCGGGCUUUGGCCUGCUGGCAGACGAGUUCCCCGAUCCCGUCCUGCGCAUCUGGCGGCUGGACCCGGGAGAACGGCGCGUCCGGUUCGGCGAUUCCGGCGUCUCCGUCCCGUUGCGCCCGUUCCUGGGGUGCAUGGGCGUCGCGCCUGCCACCGACGAGACCCUCUCGACCGUGCCGCCCACCCACGCCGGGGGGAACCUCGACUGCCGCGAGUUGACAGUCGGCGCGGCGGUGUCUCUCCCCGUUCAAACGGCGGGGGCGCUGUUCAGCUGCGGGGAUGGACAUGCCGCGCAGGGGCACGGCGAGGUCUGUGGUACUGCCAUCGAGACGCCCAUGCGGGCGACGCUGCGGUUUGUGUUGCACAAGGACCAGCCGUGGGUGACGACGCCGCACUACGAGACGCCACCGCGGGGGCUGGAGCUGCAGAGCGACGAGACGCUCGGCCGGUAUGCGGUCAUGGGUAUUGAGGAUAACCUUCUGGGAGCGACGCGGGAGGCGGUCCGCGGUCUGAUCCGGUGGCUGGUCGAGACGAAGGGGUUGACGCGCACCGACGCCUACAUGCUGACGAGCGUGGCAGGUGAUCUGCAGGUGGUGCAGGCCGUGAAUAUGCCCCAAUACUCCGUGUCCAUGUCACUUGCCCUGGGUCUUUUUGCAGAGAUGGGGAUGAAUUUGAGCUAG